GCGCAUCACCGGCAGCGCCCAGGCUAUAUUGCCGGGCCAGCAAGCUCUGGCGCCUUUCAGAUGUUCUUCUCUGCCACAAACUCAGGCCGGUGAGCUCUGAUGGCUCAGAUCCUCGCGUGCAUCUGCAUGCAAUGAGGGCAAGUCCGGCGGGGAAUCUGGCCAUGAGUAGAGAGCACUCGAAGGUGCUACUGCACUGCUCUCUCAAUGCUCGUGUAGAAAGUUCACCGUUAUGAACCCUCGUCAGGUUUCUCAUCAGAGAUCCUGAUAGAGGGAAGGAUGAUCUAAAAAGUCAUCAUGACACCUUUUGCCAGUGGCGAGCGAGAGCUCCGUCCUUGCCAACAUGUGCUGUUGUGUGUAUGUACUUUCGUGGAUGCGAAUGCCUGCAGAUGCCCGCACGUACCUGGUUGUCUGCGUUGACGCAGAUGCUUGCAUUGAUCUGGCGUGGAUAUGCAUUGUCGCGGAUGCCUGUAUUGACACAGAUGCCCGCACUUAUGCUCACGCGGACACCUUACUAUUUUGUUACUUAACUGUCUCCUCAUCUGGCUUCGCCUUCAUCUUGAUGUGUUGCUUUGCAGCUCUUACGAUUUGGGGAUCCGAAGUUCGCUUUGCUGCAUCACAUUUACUCCUACUGAUGUAGGAAUCGCAGG